AUGGCGCCCGCGCACCUCCUCCUGCGCCCGGAGCUCCACCGCGCGGCGGUGUUCCACAUGCGCUCCGCGGUGGGCCUGCUGCUCGCGCUCAUCGCCGCCGUGUUCAACGGCACGUUCGGCGUCUUCGCAAAGGACGAGGUCAAAGGGCCGGAUGUCGACAUCUUCGUGUUCCACUUCUGGGCGUGCUUGGGGCUCGCGUGCACCGGGGUACUGUUUCUGCUGUUCGGCCCCGUCGUGUGGACGCCCAUGGGGGUCAUCAGCGGCGUGCUGGUCGUGCUGUCGUCAGCAUGCGCCUUCUGGGCGGCGAAUCUAGUGGGCGUGUCCGUCGGCCCCGGAAUCUGGUGCGGCACUGCGGCUCUCGCCUCCUUCUUCUUCGGCCUUUUCCUCGACCCGGUCGGUCGGAAAGUCAGCAACCUGCCGCUAGCCGUGGCUGGGCUCUGCCUGCUUAUGGUGGCAAUUGCGGGCAUAGCGUAUGCCGGUGAAUAUGCGUGCCGCGUGGAGGAAGCACGGGAGAGGCUGCUCCCGCGGGACAGACGUCGGGGACGCGUGUGCGACACGUGGGGGGGUUACGCAGGCGGACUAUUCCUUGCCGUGCUGGCCGGAGCUUUCGGUGGGCUCAUUCUGGCGCCUAUGCAAUACGCGCCCCCCGCGGCACGUGGGCUUCGUUUCCUGCCGUCGAUGGCCGUGGGAGUCCUCGCCGCUGCACCGGGCAUCGAUCUACUGGGGCUGUUCGCCCGGGGGAAGUGCAUCCUGCUGAUGCCAGAGAAGGCGGCGGGCCCGGGCUUCGCCGCUGGAGCCACUUGGAACAUUGCCAACGCUGCCGGCAUUCUGUCCAUCCGUUACCUGGGCUACACAAUCGCGUACCCCAUCAUGCAGUCGGGGCUGUUCGUGGGCGGGCUGUGGGGCCUCUGCGUCUUCGACGAGAUGAAGGACCGCAAAGCCAGGAGGAUCUACUGGCUCUCCGGCCUUGUCCUGCUAGCGGGAGUGACCUGUCUGGCUCUCGCAAGAUAG